AUGUUAAGUUUGGAGAACUUCAAUUAAAUUUCAUUUAAGUAACCAAUAAUAAACAGGUAUUUUAAGUAAAUACUAAAAGCCCACGAUCUUUUGAGGCUUGCCGUUUAUGUGGAAUUUUGCCUUUGGAAUUAAUUUAAAUUGGUAUAAAGGAACUUAAAUAGAGAAAUCCUGAAUUGCGAUUGAAUAAAUAAGGAUGGGAGAUUAUUUGGUAACAUCAUGAAAUAAGAAGAUAAGAGAAAUUAUAAGCAUGUUUAGAGGCAAGAUAAUAAUUAAUUGAUGCAGGAUUUCAUUUUAAUAAUUAAGAAGAGGAAGAAUAGGCUAUUGUUGAUAAGUCAGAUGAAUUAUAAGCAAGUUAAAAUUAAUAAGAAUUAGAAAAAAUUUAAUGGAGAUAAUAAAAAGAGAUUUAAUAGAUGCUUGAACAUGAAAAAAAGUAAUAAGAGAUUCGUGAAAGAAAUGAAUUAAAAUAACGAUAGAUACAAGAGAGAUAAUAGAGAAGAGACGAAUAGUUAAAAUAAAGUAGAGUUAAAUAGGAAUAUGAUAGAGUAUAAAGAGAGAGAGAUAGAUAAAUUAAAUUAUAACGGGAAGAAUAGAAUUUAAAAAUAAAAGCUAAAUAAUAAUAUAAAAAAGAAUUAUAAAGAGUUUAAAUAGAAUAAUUGAGAUAAAAAGAAUUGUAAUAAGAAUAUAGAAGAAGAGAAGAGGAAAGAAAAUAGAGAUAAUAGAUUUUUAAAGAAUAAAUGUAAGAAAUUUAAUUAAGACAUGAAAUGGAAUUGUAAUAAAAGAAAUUAAUUAUGGAAAUUAAUGAUAGAGAGAGAUUAGAAAAACAAGAGUAAUCUAGAUAAGAAAAAAUUUAUGCUUCUUAAUAAGCUCAACUUGAAUUAAAAUCCAAAUUGUAAAUUGUUAAAUAACUAUAAAUGGAAUAAUUAGAAAGGAUGAGAGAAUAAUUUUAAAUUAAAUAAACUAAAAUAGAGGAGAGACGAUUAGAAUUCGAAAGAUAGAAAGAAUAAAAAAUUAUUGAAAAUUAUUUUAAUAUAUAGUAACACUAAGAAAAAAUGAAAUAAGUUAUUGAAAGAGCAUAAAAUUAAGAAGAAAAAAAAUAUUAUGAUUAUUAAUAAAAAUAAGAAAUAGUUAAUUAAAGGAAGAAGUAAUUAGAAUAUGAAAAAUUAUAAGAAUUUUUUAUUAAAAAAUAAUAAUAAGAAGAGAAAGAGUAGCAUAGAAUUGAUGCUAUUUAAAAUGUUGAAAAAAAUUAAUAAAUUAGAACUAUGGAAUUGAAUAAUAAAUUAAUUUUAAAAGAAUAAAUGAUUUUAGAAAAAUAAAUGGAAAAAUAAUAAAUUUAGGAAUAAAUCAAAUUAUAAGAAAUUCUAAAAAUGAAAGAUAAAAAGGAAGCAUUAGAAAGAUUAUAGAGAAAAUAAGAAUAUGAAAAAGAAAGUUUAAGAUAAAAAAUAGAAGAAAAAAUGAGAAGAACUGAUAAUUUAUAAUUAUAAAAGAGUAGAAUAUAAGAGUAAAGAUUAUAAAUGAAAUAAAUAGCUAAUUAUUAAAAGGAGGAAUUAAAACAUUAAUUUGAAUUAAUAAAAUAGGGGAAAAUUGAAAUUCUUUAAUAAUCUAUUUAGAAUGAAUGUUAAUAAUAAUAAGAAUUUUGUUAAAUUGAAGAUCAUCCUAUAUCAAAUUAAAAAAAAGGAAGACGUAAAUAAAUAAUAUAAAUUUAGCAUAAACUGCUCUUCCAAAAAAAAAAGAUGAAGUUUCAAGACCAAAGUCUGCUCUUACAAAAAAAGUUUAAAAUGAAGAGAAAAAAGUAAUAAAAGUACAUAUUGAUCAAUAAAAAUAAUGUGAAUUAGAAUUCUUGGAGUAAUAAUAAUAAGAAGAGAUGAUAAAUGUAAUAAAAAGAAAUUAAUUUAGCUUUUGGAAAAUGAGUAAAGAUUAGAAUAGGAAAGAGAAAAAUAAUUAUAUUAGAUUGAAAAUAAGCAAGAACAAUUAAGAUUAGAAAAAAUAUUUUAGAUAGAAAGAGAUUAAGCAAAAAAGAGAAUACUUGAUUUAUAAGAUGAACAUAAAAAUUAGAUAGAAGAAUUAAUGUCUAAUUGA